GCCACGUUGUCCCGCAGCCCUCGCCGGGCAGCUGGGGUAUGCCCGAGGACCGCGAUAACUACAUUGUUCAGAUGAGGCGGAGAUACAGCCCCGCGGGCAUGCUGAACGCGGAUGGCAGCAUCAACCAGGACUUCUUCAAGCCUCGCCGCGUGGUGCUGGUCGCCGACCGCGCCAAGUGGGGCGAUGCGGAGCGCGAGGGCCUCUACAAGGGCCUGGAGGUCCACGGCGUCGGGAAAUGGCGCGAAAUCAACCGCGACUACCUCAAGGGCCAGUGGGAUGACCAGCAGGUGCGCAUCCGCGCCGCGCGCCUGCUGGGCUCGCAGAGCCUAGUCCGCUACAUGGGCUGGAAGGGCAGCAAGGCCAAGGUGGACGCCGAGUAUGCGAAGAACAAGGCAAUCGGCGAGGCGACGGGAUGCUGGAAGGCGGGGCAGCUGGUGGAGGAUGACCACGGCAGCGUGCGGAAGUACUUCGAGGCGCAACAGGCGGGUGGGGAGCAGUAGUAGCAGCUAAGCAGGAGGCGUUGCUGCUUGUGAUGCUAGGACUCGUUCGGCAAUGACAAAGGGCACGCAUGUGUGGCGAGCCUGUGCUUUCAUGGCUGUGGCUGCGCACGGCCGCGUGUGGAAGCUUGACCGCGGCGCACUGGCUCGCCGAGACCAUGGUGUGCAUGUGUGAUAUUCGCACACUCGUUGCGCAAAAGUGUGCUGUGAGAUGCCGCGGGCUAUGUUGUCACGGUCCGAAGGAGCACGGCGUGGCUCGAUACACCGCGGGCACUUGUGUCCGUGCACGCAGUGGGUGCGCCGUGCACCCCGCAUUGGCACUUGCAUGGUUGGGCGCCAAAGCGCCCUAAAGUCGUGUGGGGGCGUGCUCCAGAACGCGGCACCGGGAGCAGGAUGUGGGCGUGAUGGCGGACGAACAACCAAUGCGAGUGACGCAAUGAACGAAGGUUGCGGUAAUGCUGCAGGAUGUUGGCGUGUUUCGCCGCUUGGGUAGCAGCGGAGCUUGAUGGCCCCUGGGAUGAAGGAUUUGUGUUUGUACGGGUAAGUGAAUGGACUGUUGCGCUUGGCCUGGAGCGGCAUAGAGUGAUGGUAAGGGUGAACUGGGUUCAGGUGCCAGGAAAGGACGAGUCAGCACAAGGUCAGGCGCAGCAGGCAACAUGUCUUUCGGGUGGUGAUGUCAUACCUGCCCUGCCCAUGAUGAUGGGUUGGAGAUGUGCGUUCGGAGACUGCGUUGAGAGGGGACGGGGUUUGGGGGUACAAGAACGGUCACUUGACACGUGCCAGAAAGGGAGCCGUGGCACGGCUCCUGCGCACGAGGUUGAGGCAGAGGCUCAUGCUGCGCUGCUGCAGCACCGGAUACUGCCAUACUGGGCUUGUCGCCCUUGACUUGCCAUGCCAUAAUCUUCCGUCCUUUAUCUUGUGACAAUUGAUGAGCGCAAAAAGCUGUCUUGCCGGCGCCAGCGCACCUCGGUCCGCGCGGUGGUUGUGAGGACAGCCGAGUGGAGUGUACCGGGGCAUGAACUGGUGCAGCAUCCUGCAGGGUAAGCCGGCUUCGCAUUAUGGAGUCGAAUGUGCGGAUGUGCCAUGGACCCUAGUGAACGUGUAUGGGCCAGUGGUGCUCCUGAGCGAGAAGAGUGGUAAUGGGGCACCGUAAUAUUUCUGGGAAAGGCGUCCAACUCGUCGGGGGACACUCUGGGCGGGCUGGAGGGGCUGCCACGCGCGUGCAACACCUGCAC